GUUUAUCGGCGAAUCUAUCAAGCAUCACACCACUCUCUCAGCCUCUCCACAAACCCUCGUCUCCCUUUCCCCUCUUUCUCUGUUCCCCCAAUUCUUCAGUCAACAAUGGCAUCCCUCUUUUCCACCUUCAAGUAUUCCGACGGCCUAACGGUCGUCGGAAUCUCUUUCUGCACCGCCGUCAUCUGCGAAGCAAUCUCAUGGCUCUUGAUCUACCGCACCACAUCUUAUAAAUCACUCAAAUCCUCCAUCGACAAAGCCUCCAAGAAACUCGAAACCAUGAAAACUGAUUCAACUGUCGCUGCCGCCCCCAAAAAGUCCAAAACCAAAAAAAUAGAUCGCGUAGAAACGUCGUUGAAGGAAUCCAGCAGAGAUUUGUCUCUUUUCAAGUUCAAAUCUGGUGGCGUCGUUGCUUUGGUUCUGUUCGUUGUGUUUGGGUUUUUGAACAAUCUGUUUGAAGGAAAGGCGGUUGCGAAGUUGCCGUUUGUUCCGGCGAGGAUUGUUCAGAAGAUGAGUCACAGAGGAUUGCAGGGAGACGAUCCGACGGAUUGUUCGAUGGCGUUUUUGUAUUUCUUGUGUUCGAUCAGUAUCAGGACGAAUCUACAGAAGUUUUUAGGGUUUGCACCUCCUCGUGGAGCUGCCGGCGCCGGUUUGUUUCAGAUUCCGGAUCCUGCCAAGACCAAUUGAUGAUGACGACUGAUGAGUGAGUUAUAGAUCUCUUCUUCUAUUCUGUUUUUGUCUUAAAUCUUUGAAUUAGCUGAGCCAUAAUUGUGAAAAUCGUGAAGCAAUAAUUAAGAUGAAUUCUAUUGAUUUACACUUGUUAAUUCCAUUAUCGAGAUUCACGAUUUGUUUUGAUC